AUGACGAGACCACAAAUCAUUCGAGCUGAUACCUUGGAUCUCCAGGACCAUGGUGCGCCUUCUGCGCAGGACCACACUAGGCAACCCGAAUCAACUGCUCCACUGGGGGUCGGCCGGCCGGCUCCCCAUCAAGAGCAGGCCAUUCGCCAUGCCGAACGGGACACCAAAUUGGAGAUCAUGGGCGGCCCCGGAGACGACGAGUAUCUCGAUAGCAUAGAUGGCUACAUGGAGAGCGACGACCUCAUGGAUGAUGAUAUGAUGGACAAAAUAUCUAGCUCUCCCUCGAUUGACGACGAGGACAUCGAUUUCGAGUUUGUCUACGCACUGCACAACUUUGUCGCAACUGUUGAUGGACAGGCCAAUGCGGCCAAGGGUGAUACAAUGGUGCUCUUGGAUGACAGUAACAGCUACUGGUGGCUGGUCCGCGUGGUUAAAGAUGGCAGUAUCGGUUAUCUACCAGCCGAGCACAUUGAAACUCCUACUGAACGACUCGCAAGAUUGAAUAAGCACAGGAAUGUUGAUCUUUCUGCGACAAUGCUCGGCGAUAAUAACGAAAAGUCCAAAAAUCCCCUUAAGAAGGCCAUGCGCCGUCGGAAUGCCAAGACAGUCAAUUUCGCCGCGCCGACUUAUAUCGAAGCAUCCGACCAAGAAUACUCGUCCGACGAAGAUUCAGAGCAUGGCGAUUUCUUCAACGACGACGAAACAGAGACUGUCGAGUCAGAAGAGGGGGAUUCUCAAGACCAGGCCGAGGAGAUCGUCGUGGAGCCUCUUAGGCCCAAGGGCCACAAGGAAAAGCCUGUGGAGCAAGUGGAAAUCAAUAUAUCUGCUGAACAGCAAGAAACCACAACACAGCAAACAAGUGCCGAGGCCCGCCGAUCUAGCGAAGAGUUCUUUGACUCCGAAGAACCUAUCGUUAGUCGGUCCAGGAAUGGCACCGUUCGCAAUACUGAUUCCUUUUUCAAGGACGACACUGCAGAGCCGAAGAAGAUCUCCCUUACUCCUAACCUGCUGCGCGACGAGUCUAAUGGCGGCAGCGGCAGCGGGGGGCUCAAAGAGUGGCAAGAACCCCGUGCAAGUCUAGAAUCCCUCGAGAAAGGCAGCUCACACGAUAAAGGCAAAGAGGACAAGAAGCGGAAAGAAAAGAAGUCAGGCAUGCUUAGUGGGCUGUUCAAGCGAAAAGACAAGAAGAAGUCUUCCGUCGACGAGGAAGUAGAUGAAUCUAUUACAUCUCCGAUCGAGUCUACCUUCCGGGCCUCUGAAUCCUCGUCUCGGUCCUCCCCCCAGCCGAAAGAGUCUAUGGAGUCUCUGUCUCAAGAACAGAAGGCCAAGCCGCAGAAGUUCACCAACGCCAAAUUACAGAAGAACCCACCGCCAAUUAUCACUUCCACUUCAACCAUGUCGCCAACUUCUACUACGAUGUCUCCUACUUCGCCAGUAUUGCACAAAGACAAUGAGCAUGGACAAACGAUCCGACGUGUGGCUUCGCAAGACGCAGCUAGCUUCGAGAGCCGCGGAUCGGUGGCAUCACCCGUCAGCCAAGCCAGUCCAUCAAAUGAAGCUUAUGUCACUCCUUUCGAAUCGCAGGACCCAUUCGCCUCUCCAGAAGAGCGGCGGCCAUCCAGUGAGGCCCAGUGGAGGGGUCCCCAGGAAGCCCCUGCUCCGGUGCAACAAGCCAAUGGCCAGAGAUCCGUUACCUCCCCAUCACAAAAGUUCACUCCCCAGGCGGCACCUGCACCCGCGCGCCCCGAACCAGAGCCCGAAUAUUCCGGCAGGAUCUCCCCUGGCGAUGGACACAUUCCUAUUCUUGCCCCUGGGAUCACUCCAGAAUAUGCCCAGCGUGCCGGAUCUAUUUCUCCCCCUUCCCCGCCGUCAUCUCCUGAAAUCGAUGUGAACGAGCUCGCGAAGAGGAGCGAGCCUGCCCCGGCUUCUGUAUCUACCCUUUCGGUAGACACUCCAACUUGGAGUGAUGCCAGUCUACGAUCAUACUUGGAUGAUGAAAAUGACAUUCGCGACCUCUUCAUAAUUGUUCACGACAAAUCCAACAUUCCGCCGGCUGGCGCUGACCACCCCGUUACUGGUCGCCUUUUCAAGGAAGAAAGUAAGCGACUUAAGGAGAUGAAUAACCAGCUUGACGAGAUGCUCGUCAGGUGGAUGUCUCAGCGGAAACGGACGUCCAAUACUUUACGCUCCGUGCAGAGUCCGGCGUAG